AUUCAUCUUCAUGGAUCCACAACUCAUCCUCUUCAGACGCCAGUACUUCCAGCUGUUCGACACGGCGUUUCUUUGCUGGCCACCUAAGCCUCUAUUGCGCGAUAUAGAUGUCCAAGGCUGGUUGUAUACCAAUUUGUUCGAUGCACAACGCAAUCCUCAACUCCCACCGGAGAGUUAUCAAAUCCGGAUUCUCAAGCCAUUGCUCAAUAGAAUUGAGAAUGCUAUUGAGGAUCCCGAAGAAGAUGACAUCUCUGACGAUCUCAUGACACAUCUCUCCUCACUCAUGUCAAUGCAACUGCCUGCAGAAACCACUGCUGUGCAACAAAAGGCAUACGUGACGUUCUCAUGUCUUUCGCCAUCUGCUCACUCAUCCAACACGCCCAACGAAGAGCCCACAAUCACACUCCUCGAGCGCAGACAUCUCAUCUCGGGUUCUCUCACCACGGGCUAUCGAACCUGGGAAGCGGCGCUGCAUCUAGGAUCAUACCUUCUCACCUCAGAGGGUAGUUCAUUAAUCGCCGGCAAGAAUGUGCUUGAGCUCGGGGCAGGCACCGGCUUUAUCUCCAUUCUUUGUGCCAAACACCUCGAAGCUAAGCAUCUCACCACUACCGACGGUGAUGAAGGCGUCAUCGAAUCGCUCAAGGAGAACCUCUUCCUCAACGAAUUGGACGACAAGAAUGUCAACGCAAGUGUUCUGCGAUGGGGCCAUGGCUUGGCUGGGAGCUGGGUGGAAGAGGAGUGUGAAACAUGGCCGUAUGACGUUGUCUUGGGUGCAGACAUUACAUAUGAGAAGCCCGCCAUUGCAGCCCUCAUUACUACACUGCGGCUUCUCUUCAAUCUGCUGCCGGGCCUCAAGGUGCUUAUUGCAGGAGCCGUCAGAAACAUCGAGACUUUUGAGACGUUCAGACAAGCUUGUGUGCGGAGUAAAUUCAACGUCCACGAGAUCGACUUUGAAGCGAAACCGAUGAGAGAACAAAUUGCCUUGUUCUAUGCGACUGCGGUGCCGCUGAAAAUCUUGUCCAUCACUGGACCAGACCCCGGUAUUGCUAAAUAAAUUUCACUUCGACUUUCGGCACGGGCGGGAUCAUUUUGAGACUGGCCAGGUCAUCGAAGACUUCCAGCAGCGAUUCGCAUGAGUCGACGAAUCCAUGCCAGCCACUGAUUGAAUGUCAGCAUACCCGCUUCAACGGCGCUCUUCGCAGGAACUUGACUUACAGCUUACGGCUCUUAUCCAUGCUGUAAGAAGUCAGCGAGAGGACGUCAAAGGGAAACCUUGAUCUUCACAAACCUUAAAAUGAGCGCACUAGAGCGGCACAAGGUCCCGUCGAGGAAACCAAACACUCGGUCGACAUCAACCAGCUCCUUUUGACCGAGGCCGUUUUCCUCGGCGAUCGCAGCCCACGCCUCCUGCACUUCUUUCCCCUUGGCCCACUCGGUCAUCUUAAACUUGCGUCUCGUCACGCCCUUUGAUCCAUAGCCUCGCGGGUUGAAGCGGGUUUCGGUAGCCGUACAAGCGUCGUCGGGCUGCGGACCGCUCCACUCCAGACCAUACC